AUGGCAUCCACUAGCCGUGUCGCAGAAGCGCCUGUCGACGAUGUUCGCGCCGAUUCACGCUCGGUGUCCGACGAAUCAGACUCUAGCAAUGAGGAGGGUUGGGAAGACCUCGAGGCUGAUGACGAGACUCAGCCUGUCGUGGAUCUGUUUUCCGAUGAGGUCUUCCCCGACGCACGCUCUAUGCUGAGUGCAUGCAAGGAGAAGCAUCAAUUCGAUCUGUUGAAGAUCCAGAAGGACCUCGGGCUGGAUUUCAUUGAGACUAUCAAGCUGGUUAACUACAUUCGUUCCGAAGUCAAGGCCGGAAACAAGACCCCCAAUGUCGAGUCGAAGUCGAAGUUUGACGACGAUGUCUACUUGAAGCCGGUUAUGGAGGACGAUGCGCUCCUGUACAGCCUGGAUGAUAUCACCGAGGAACAGGGUCAGGAGGCAGCCACUGGAAGUGAUGCGGAGCGACGAGUUCUGGAGCUUCAAGAGGAUCUGGAGAGACUGCAGAAUCAGUUCUCCGAGUACAGACUUGCAGUCCAGCAGUCAAUGGAUGAUCAAUUGUCAAAGGAAGACGAGAAGCUUGACUCGAAGACACCCAAGGCCUCCGGCUCCAACAAAGCUCAGGAGAUUGAUGAAGAUUACUUCGCCUCUUACGCUUAUAACGGAAUCCACGAGUCCAUGUUGAAGGAUGCCAUCCGUACCGAUGCCUACCGUGACUUCGUUUACGAGAACAAGAACCUUUUCAAGGACAAGGUUGUCCUGGAUGUUGGCUGUGGAACUGGUAUUCUGUCCAUGUUCUGUGCUAAGGCCGGCGCAAAGAAAGUCAUCUCCGUUGACAACUCCAACAUCAUCGACCGUGCCAAGGAGAUUGUUUUCGACAAUGAGUUUGGAGAUGUUAUUACUCUGGUACGCGGAAAGAUUGAGGAGGUCACCUUGCCCGUUGACAAGGUCGACAUCAUCAUUUCGGAAUGGAUGGGUUAUGCCCUGCUCUUUGAGUGCAUGUUUGACUCUGUCAUUUAUGCUCGCGACCGCUACCUUGCUCCUGAUGGUUUGAUGGUGCCCUCCCACGCGACUCUUCGGAUCGCACCUUACGCGGACCCUGAUUUCAUGGCUUCGCAUAUCUCUUUCUGGGAGGAUGUCUAUGGCUUCAAAAUGACCAGCAUGUUGUUGAAAAUCUACGACGAGGCUCUUGUCCGUAACAUUCCAUCAGAGACACUCGCCGCAGACUCAACAAUCUUCUUGCCACUUCCCCUGCACACCAUCACUGUUGAUGAGUUGAGCUUCUUGAAGGAUUUCCAGGUCACCCUGAACCAGGAUAUCGAUGCCCUUGAUGGUUGGGCUAUCUGGUUUGACAUUUUCUUCAUGCCUUCGCGCGACACUCCCAUUCCCGAGAAUGCUACUCCCGCCGAUAUGCAGAAGCAAGGAUAUGUUGGCUUCACCACUGGACCACAGGGAACUGAGACCCACUGGCAGCAAACCAUUCCACUGAUCGAUCACGGCAACCACAUGCCUAAACCUCUCAAGAAGGGCCAAGUCAUUUCUGGCAAGAUUGGCUACCAAAAGAGGGACCAGGAGGGGUCCCGAGGCCUAAACAUCAGCAUUGAGUGGCAAGGAGGCGAGAACACCCACGGUUCUCAGAACUGGUCGCUCCAAUAG